CAAGUCAACGGCUUCCAUGGUUUACACUAUUUACAGGCAUCAAUAACUUGUUAUUCUCAACUUGCUGAAAUCCAUGAAGGAAAAUGACUUCAAGGGAAUCUCUGAGUUGGCGUUCUGUGUGGGGUGUGAACCAUGAUGUCCAGGCAAGAUCGAUUUGAAGAUGAAAAUCCACUCCGGGACGUGUACGUUGAACUACGCGACAGCCACACACAAAACGGGCGGGACUGGGUCCUGUUCACCAAGGACAAAAAGAGCAGAAAACGGUCAAAAAUAGCCAACAAGGAGAAAGCCAUGGAGAAACAAAUCUCCCAAAAAUCUUCAGGAAUGCGGACGGUUCUGACAGAUUUCGCGGAGGGAUCUACAUUCCAUGGGCUUCGAUAUGUGGCUCAUCAGGGAUCAUUCAUCGGUAGGAAGUUGCUGUGGCUGAUGAUGAUAUGCGCAUGCGCCUCGGUGUUGGUAUACCAGAUAGUAGACAGGGUAUAUUAUUACUACGGCUGGCCAGUGACUGUCAAUGUCCGAGUCAACUAUAACACCUCGUUACAAUUCCCAUCUAUCACUAUAUGUAACCAGAACGCAUUCAAGGCGACCCUUUCCAACGACCUUCACAGAUAUCGCCUGUUGGAGAGUAUGUACACAUAUCCGGACACAUUUGAUGAAAAUGAUCUGGUGAGAUUUGGCGGUCAAAAUCUGACGCUCGAGGAUUUAUUUCUACAAUCCGCGCAUCAGAAAGAAGAUUUCAUUCCAAGGUGUUUGUGGAAAGGCUUGCCGUGUAGCACAGACGAUUUCAACACUACCAUGACUGACCACGGUGUAUGUUACACAUUUAAUGAAGGGCGCAACCAGGAAUAUAUCUCGUCUGUCGGAGUUGAGAAUGGUCUACGACUGACGUUGAACGUUGAACAGUAUGAGUAUAUGCCCGGACCGCAUGACGCUGCGGGCGUGAAGAUGUUGCUGCACGCUAACGGCGAGGUACCGCGCGUGCAUGCGCUAGGUCAGGCUGUGUCCACGGGUGCCCACGUGUUCGUCGGUGUCAAGGUGUUCAGUAUAAGUAACCUGCCCCUCCCACACGGUAGAUGUAGUGAGCAUAAGCUGGAGUAUGUUGACCAGUUCACGAUGGACGCCUGUCAGAUGGAUUGCCUAACGUCCCUGGCGAAGGAGAGGUGUGGUUGUCGACAUACAUACAUGUUACAUAAGAACGGUGACCCGCCCGUGUGUACCUUGCACCAGUAUUUCGCAUGUCUGAAACCUCUCAUAGACCAAUUUCCCAGUAUCCAUGAUACGUAUUGUGACUGUCCUGUACCCUGUAACUUUAUCCUGUAUGAGCCAGACAUAUCGUAUGCCGCCACUUCUCAGUACGCGGUCAACAAGUUCCUCAACAACAAUGACAAAGAAGUUCUGUCGGCUGCACUCCUGAAGGCUACAGAAGUAACUUCAAGGAUGGAGAAUUCAACAUUUGAAACAACGGUGGCUCUAGCUAUGAACUUUGAACACACGUUCAUUGAUGUUGAGCACCUACUAGUGAACAAACUGGAGAGUAUGCUCGAUAAUCUGACCAUGAUUGUGAAUGAGAGCUAUUCUGAGACACUGGGUGUAUAUAAAAACAAAGAGUUUCUGUACAGGUAUCAGGAAUACAUUGUAAGGAAGAAUUUCGUACGUGCCAGAGACGCCAUGGAGGAACGCACCAUUCAUAUUGUAGCGUUGGCGUAUGCCGAGUUUAUACUUACUAUCGAAAGUCGAAUUAGAAUGUUGGCAAAUGUAAACUUUACUGAUCCUUCCGCUAGGAUUAUGAUGCAUGAGACAACGACUCUCAUGCUACAGAAUCGGAAAGAAAUAGUCAAUCUAGCCUAUGAUAAUUACUCCACUCUCAUCAGUGCUUACGAUACGGGGUCACCGAUCUUCAACUAUUCGUUUGAGGGACUAGGGCGCCAUUACAAUGGCCCGGCGACACCGAGGCACCUCAUCAUGGAAGCACGCAUUCAUAAUAGAUAUGCCAUCAAAUAUGGAGAAAAAUACGGUGAAUAUCUGAACAAAACCAUUGAGAGAUUGGAGUGGCUGCAAGAACUGUCAGACAUUGCAUAUUUGAACUCGACUUUGGAUGAAGAUCGAAUGUUUUACUGCAGAGAGGAGUUCAAAUAUUAUAUGCGUAAUUUUGUUUUUGCAAGAAGUGUUUUCUAUUUCGACACAAUAGAAUGGCCAAUAGGAAUCUUACAGAAACGUUUAGAGGAUUUCAAUAGUAUCUGGUACCAAUAUACAUCAGUAAUGGAAAAUAUACUGCAAAGUUUAAAGUCUUUAUUAUUAGAACUUGACAAAACUGAGAAACUCUUUUUAAAUCCGUUAAACAAAGUUAGGUGGGACAUUUUGCAAUAUAUACAGGGUGAAAAUGUUACUAAAAUGGAAAUCGUAGAACUGUUAACGUCACAAUUUAUACAGGACGGCAUGUCAGAGUUCAAGAUGUUUUUCCAAAAUAUUCGGGUUCGGGAGGCAAAUCUGGUGGAUUGGAUCAACCGUUUGGAGGAAGAUGUGCUACAAAUAUGGCGGACAGUUGUUGUGGAUAUAGAUUCCACUGAAUACUAUGAAUACAUCCAGGAAACACGAUUUCUUAGGAACUUUUCUGAAGUCGCCGAAGAAAUCGGCUCGACUUUCUCAGAAAUACGAACCAUAUGUCAAAUGUCUGAGGUUGUCGAUAACAAAGACGCCUUGUUUCUGGAUGCUCUCGAGGCAUUCAUAGCCGACGCAAGAGCAUAUAAGGAGUCCAUCAAAAUAGAUAGUGAUUUCAUCAAAAAUAACUUCCUACAGCUCGACAUAUUUUACCGGCAGAUGAGUUACGAAGAAAUAAACCAACAAGAAGCUUACGACGUCUUCGCCUUGCUUUGUGAUAUAGGCGGGUCCAUGGGGCUGUUCCUAGGCGCAAGUGUACUAUCAAUAGUAGAAGUUUGGGAUCUCAUUCUGGUGCAAAUAUUUGCUAAAACCCGACGAUUUAUGUCAAUCAGCGCAUCCGGCGAGAGACGAUAAUAUGUGACGCGCGUGUCAUAUAGGAGGGUAUACAAACACGUGCGUCAGUUGCACGCGAUCAAUGGUGCUGAUUUUCAUUCUGCCCAUAAUACAUAUCUAUCAUUCCUUAAACAUAUAUUCGAUAUGUAUCAUGCUAAUUAUCGAAUGUGACUUCUUGUGAAUUUAACUGGAAAUCAGUAUUUACGAACAAAUAUAGUUGUGGUGCUGACUUAACAAAGCACGAUAUCAACUUGAGCACUCAAAUUUGGCUCAAUGUUCUAAAGUAUAUUCCGCAGAGCUUUAGUAAGGUUGUAUUCGGGAUGAUAGGCUUCUGGAAUCAUUUGGCAAAUCCUGCAGAGUAAUCAUUGGAAUUGUGCUUAUAUCUCAAAACAGAUCGGUGAAUCUGCAGUAAUUAAGAACCGGAAUCCUUCAGAAAUCAUACUAUAAUCUUAAAUGGAAGAUUACUUUCUUGAUAAGAGAACAGUUCAUGGUCAUUGUGGUAUUCGACCUGUACUGCUGUGUACAAUGGACAACUGUAUUUAAUCCGACAUAUCUCCACAUGAUAUCGAGGUGCUGGAGGAGGUCCCUAUAACACGGGUUACGCCGAUUAUCCACCAAAGCAUAUAGAACUCUUUGACCAGAUCUAUAGAUAUUUCAAUUUUAAACGAGCUAAAGAAACUGAUAGGAAUUGUUACAGAAAAUCAUAGAGAACUACGGAACCUAACAUUGUUAUAGAACAGGUAACAAUGCAUUGCAUUGUUAACAUCAUAAUAGACGUAUAUCAAGGGCGAGAAAUCAAAUAUUGUACAAUUGAUAUGAUUGUAGCAUAAUAUCAGUGUGUCACACGUAACAUAAUAUUGUCAUUUGUAAAAUGAUGUUGUCAAUGCAAAGAUAAUUUUGUCUUCUUUGAUAAGAUAAUUCCCCAAUUAGUUAGAUGAUAUUGUCAUAAGUAAGACAUUUUCAUUGGUCAGAUAACAUUGUUACCGUGGCUUCGCAUUUGACGAGUGUUUCUGUUUUUUUCGCCUAUGUCUGAGCCAAAACAACCUUGGAUUUAUGUGAAAUAUUCAAUAGCCCGCAGAAUUGAUAGUUAAGGUAUAGCCCGCUUCUGCAGAUACCCAACAGAGAAUCCUUUUUAAAUGUUUUAUUUUGCAUUAGUAAGAUUACAUUGUCAUUGAUUAUAUAACAUUUUCAACAUUAAGAUGAUAUUUUCAUUGAAGUGAUAAGCUGAUAUUGGCAUAAUUAAGAUAAUUUUGUCAUUGAUAAGUUUAUAUUCUCAUUGAUAAGAUAUCAUUGUCGUUGAUAAAAUAUCAUUGUCAUUGAAAGAUAAUAUUGUCACUGAUAAGAUAAUAUUGUCAUAGAUAGGAUAAAAUUGUCACAGAUGA